CUGCUUGUUGCGAGCAGUUUAUAUGCCAAGGAAGUAGAUACAAAAGCGAAGGUUUCAGAGCUCUUAGAGAAUGGUAUUAAAGAUGCUCCCGCUGGUAAGCCUGUCAAGAGAGGAAUCCUAUCUUCUGGAUAUUCCUUAGGCCUAUCCUCUGGUCUAUCUCAUGGAAUCGGUAUCGGUUCAGGAAUUGGAAUUGGUUCUGGAAUUGGUUCCGGAAUAGCCAUCGGCUCUGGAUACGGUUCAGGAAUCGCUAUCGGUUCCGGAAUCGGAUCUGGCGUGGCUAUCGGUUCUGGAAUAGGUUCAGGAGUAGGUAUCGGUUCUGGAAUUGGAAUCGGUUCUGGAAUUGGAAUCGGUUCCGGAAUUGGAAUUGGCGGAGGAAUCGGUGGCGGCGGAAUCGCAGUUGGUGGUGGCGGAAUCGCAGUUGGUGGUGGUGGUGUAGCAGUAGGCGCCGCCCCAGCUGUAGCUGUAGCAGCACCCGCAGUAGCUGUGGCCCCAGCUGCCGUGCAGACCUCCGUUGCCGUCGCACCUAACCCCGUCAUUCUCCGUCAAGAAGUACCCAGAUUUAUUACGAGAACCAUCACAAGAAACGUCCAAGUUCCCGUUCAGGUUCCAGUGCCUGUACCUGUCGACCGUCAAGUUCCAGUUCCCGUCAGGGUGCCAGUUCCCGUGGCUGUGGACAGACCGGUGCCAGUCAUCCACAAAGUACCAGUAGAAAUUACCAGACAAGUACCCGUAUAUUACGAGAGGAAGGUACCGGUGCCCGUAAGAGUACCAGUAUCCGUUCCCGUACCGUACCCCGUCACUGUUGAGAGACAGGUCCCAGUAGACCGGCCAGUCAUUAUUAACAGACAAGUGCCAGUGCCGCACCCAGUAUACGUUGACCGUCAAGUUAACGUGCCAGUGCCAGUACAAGUAGACAGGCCAGUGCCAGUACCCCAUCCAGUCGUCGUUGAUAGACCAGUAGCCGUGCCACAACCCGUAGUAGUUGAUAGGCCAGUAGCUGUUUCAUCGGGUGUUUCUGUGGGAUCUCUGGGAGGUGGUGUAGCGUUAGGUGGUGGUGUAGGCCUAGGAGGUGGUGUAGCUCUAGGAGGCGGUGUAGGUCUAGGAAGCGGUGUAGCUCUUGGCAGCGGUAUAGGUUUAGGCAGUGGCAUUUCAUACGGCAGCGGCGGUGGCAUUGCUUACGGAAGCGGCGCUGGUCUGUCUUUAGGAAGCGGCAUUUCUCUUGGACACGGAAGUCUUUCGCUCGGUGGAGGUAGCUUAUACAGCGGAGGACUUUCAUACGGCCACGGUUAUUCGUCCGGAAUCGUAUCCAGCAUCGGCCAUUCUGGCCUCUCCGGCGGAUACUCGAAAAUCAUCAGUAGCCACUAA